AUGAAAAGACUCGUGUCCAAGCUUCUGAACCUCGAGCUGCUUUCCGAGGCAGAGGUCCAGGGCAUCUGCAACAAGGUGUCGGAGAUUCUUAUGCGUGAGCCAAACGUCCCAAACAAAAGGGCUCCUGUCAUUGUUUGUGGAGAUAUCCAUGGACAGUUCUUUGAUCUUGUAAGCCUGUUCAGAAUCGACGGAAUCCCCUCGGGGAAGAGGUACAUCUUCCUUGGGGACUAUGUCGACAGGGGGAGAAACUCGCUUGAGUGCAUACUGCUCCUUCUUCUCCUGAAGAUCCUGUAUCCAGAAAAUGUCACUUUGAUAAGGGGGAAUCACGAGCAGUCCACCAUCAACAGGGUGUAUGGCUUCUACGAGGAGAUUGUUGAGAAGUAUGGCAACCCGAGGAUAUGGAGGAUGAUCAACGAGGUGUUUAGCCUGAUGUGCAUUGGAUGCUUAGUUGAUGGAAGAAUAUUGUGUGUGCAUGGAGGCAUAUCGCCUAAGAUCAUGUCUCUGAACCAAAUAAGGAGACUCGACAGGCUGCAGCCCAUUGGAGAGGGAAGCGAGUUUGCAGACAUCCUGUGGGGAGAUCCCUAUGAGGGAAGAGGUUUCCAGGCCAGCCCUCGGGGAAGCGGAUAUCUUUAUGGAGAGGAUGUGGUAAUAAGGUUUCUUGAGCUGAACGGACUUAUAAGCAUCGUAAGAUCCCAUCAGCUUGUCAUAGAGGGCUACAAGUUCCACUUUCCAGAGAGGAACGUGAUUACUGUGUGGAGUGCCCCCAAUUACAUGGGGAAGUGCGGAAAUCCAGCAAGUAUUCUUCGGAUCAACGAGACGUUGGAUGUUUCUGACAAGGACUUCUGUAUAUUCAAGGCCACGCCACAGAGAAAGGAGUUUCUUGAGAAGCUCGAGGGAUUCAACUUGUGA